UUCGACCUCCCCGACCGAUUGCCAGAGCAAAAAAUAAGAGAAACCCUCAAAUCGUCGUUCUCCCUGAUAAAUCUCACUGCCGGGAUAGCAAUUUCGGGCCCGACAUCGGGAUUUCGAAGGCCUCCAAGGACGCGUUGGAAAUCGGCAAGAAGCUCUAGCGGUGGUGGAGACUUCGGGAGGGAAGAGCCGGCAGCAGCGGAAGAAGGUGGAGGUUCACAACGAGGUUUUGCGGCGGCUGAAGGAGGUCGAGCAUCCGGAGGCGCAGGAGCCGUCUUCCGACGAUCAGCUUUGGGCCCAUUUCAAUCGCCUUCCUACCAGGUUGCCUUAGCUGGUAUGGAAUGGAUGCGAAUGUUGAGAGGGCAGAAGAUGUUCUCACCCACAAACGUUUACUGCAUCUGGCCGUGUGAUACUGCUAAUGGACCAGCUUUUGAAGUUCGAUUAGUGCCGGUGACUUGUUUUUAUACUGCUUUCACCACAAUUCAUGCGCGGGGCACUUUCGUAGGACAAAGACUCACUUUCGUAGGACAAAGACUCAGUAGUGAGAAGAAAGAAUACAGCAUCUCGCCAAUUAGGCUUGGUAAUCAAAGUGAAACUGCAAGCAAAGAAAAGCAAAAGUAG